CGAGCUCACGGUACUCCCAUGGCGGCCGCGCGCGUCCACCUCCACCUCUGCCCGCGCCUCCUCCGAGCCUUCGCGUCCUCCACGUCCCGCCCUCUCGUCGCGACCCACGCCAGGGCUUCGCCCUUACGGCGCACGGGACCGGCCAGGCCGCUCGCCGCCCGCAACCGUCGCGGGGCCGGCUCCUCCAUGGCCGCCGCGCCGCCCGCCGUGGCCGAGGACUUCGCCACAGCCGCGGACCUGCAGUUCGAGGCGCCGCUCAAGAUCGUGCUGUACCCGGACCCCGUCCUGCGCGCGCGCAACAAGCGCAUCAACACCUUCGACGCCAACCUCCGCUCCCUCGCGGACGAGAUGUUCGACGUCAUGUACAAGACUGAUGGCAUCGGUCUCUCGGCACCGCAAGUCGGGGUGAACGUGCAGCUCAUGGUGUUCAACGAAGCUGGGGUGAAAGGAGAAGGGCAGGAGAUUGUCCUUGUCAACCCGGAGGUGUACAAGUUCUCGAAGCGGUUGGUGGUCGAUGAAGAGGGGUGCUUGUCGUUCCCUGGGAUAUAUGCCAAUGUGCUGAGACCAGACACUGUUAAAAUUAAUGCUCAAGAUGUUAGUGGGGCAAAGAUCAAAGUUAAAUUAUCUCAACUAUCUGCAAGAGUGUUCCAGCAUGAGUUUGAUCACUUACUGGGGAUUCUUUUCUUCGACAGAAUGACUAUGGAUGUUGUUGAGAGCAUACGUAAACAGCUGAAGGACCUGGAGGACAGAUACGUGGAAACAACAGGACAGAAAAGCCCCGAAACUGUUGAAAACUACAGAGGAGCAAAGGAUGUCAUUAGUUUUUCAAGAUGAUGAUUUUGCAUCGGUCUCUUUUAUCCUUAAACCUGUAUAGUUUGUGUGGCACUUUUCAUUUCAAUUAGGCAAAAGCUGAAAUGUUUGUCUGCUAUUGUGCAAACAGGUUCUGCUCCAAAUGUUUCGUCAAGUUGAGCUUCACAUUGAGGAAUUUGUGGAACAGUUUUUGUUGUGCAUACUGCGGUCAUUCUAGUUAUGGCAGUUUUGCAUGUCUAGAUAUUGCAAUAUCAAUGGAAUUACAAAAGGAAAUUUACAAUUUAUCAAUGACGUAUUAUUUCCAA